GUACACAGUUUCUGAAUGUCAUCAUGACAUGGAAGCAUUUGCCCAGUUGACCGAUCAUGUCUUGUUCCGAAUAAAGUAUUUCAAAUUAGAAGAAAGUGACGAGGGAACAGAUAAACAUAGAGAAAUCACCAAAGCUAAACAGAUACUUGAUAAUAUUUUCAAUAGGAAACUUUUCAAAUGUGUGUAUGAAAGUCCGCCUUGUACACCGAAAAUAGCCAAACAGUUUAAAGAUCAACAAGAUAAAAUACAUACAAGAAAAAUGUGCAAAGAAAUUCUAGAUAAGAUUAGAGAGGAAUUACAAGAAUGCCAGCCUAACAUAGAAGAUAAGCAAGAUAAUGACGAUAUUUAUGCUGAGAUAUCAUACAUUGACUUUGGGAUGAAAGAAGAAAACCCUGUGACUAGGUUAAAAGUGUAUACUAAAGAAAAACCAAACGAAGCUAAAGAGUUAUCUAAAGAUGAGACAACCAAGAUAUUUGAACCAACUUCCUACGAUGAAGUGAUUGUUAGAGUUUUUACGGAAAGAAAAAAGAACGAUAAAGUUACUGCAAUUAUCAAACGUUCUGUCAAGCAGAUAAUAAAGGCAUACUAGUCUUUUAUUAUUAUAAUUUUUACAACAGCUUUUACUAAAGUAAGAGAGAGCUGUUUCAUUUCAAGUCUUAACAUGUAACCCAAUGUUUUUUUUAGUCAAUUUAAAGGGAAAACGUUAAAGCUCGAAAAUAAUUUAGAAAUAACAAUCUAUUAAAAUUACUUUUUCAUUGUA